AUGAUCGAGGACAAAGGCCACCGCGUUACAGAUUACUUUGUGGUGGCCGGACUCACAGACAAGUCCACUCCGCUAGAGCAGGACCUGUCCGAGGCCAAGUCCACCGGACCCAAAGCUCCCAUCACUGACCUGGCUGUGAUCAACCGCUCUGCAGGAGAGACAGUCCCUGAAGGCUUCACUUGCAUUGACGUCACUCACAGCGGUCAGCCGGCGAACCUGAACCAUGGCAGCCUCAAGAGUCCGGAACUGUUCCUCUGCUACAAGAGGGGCAGAGGGAAGCCCCCCCUCAUCGACAUUGGGGUGCUCUACGAAGGCAAAGAGCGGCUGAUCCAGGGCUGCGAGGUCAUCCAGGCCACACCGUACGGACGCUGCGCUAACGUGAACAACAGCUCGGCCACGUCGCAGCGGAUCUUCAUCACAUUCCGGCGCGCGCCUCCCGUGCAACCCCAGAACUCCCUCGCAGUCACCGACAUCUGCAUCAUCGUCACCAGCAAAGGGGAGACGCCACCGCACACCUUCUGCAAAGUGGACAAGAACCUCAACUGUGGCAUGUGGGGCUCCAGCGUGUUCCUGUGUUACAAGAAGUCGGUGUCUUCAGCCAAUUUAAUCAGCUUUAAAGCCGGCCUGAUCUUUCGCUACCCUGAGGAGGACUACGAAUCGUUUCCUUUGUCGGAGUCGGUCCCUCUGUUCUGUUUGCCCAUGGGCGCAAAGAUCGAGUGUUGGGCUCCAAACACUCGAGACCCCCUCCCGGUUUUCUCCACUUUUGUUUUAACCAAUUCCUCUGGUGAAAAGGUGUACGGAGCAGCCAUCCAGUUCUACGAGCCGUACCCCGUGGAGUCGCUGAGUGAGAAGCAGAAGAUCCAGCUGGGCCUCCUCACCACCGUGGAGAAGAAGGUGAUCCCCAACCGAGCGGUCAACACCAACAAGUGCAUCUGCCUCCUGUCACGAUGGCCCUUCUUCAAGUCCUUCCGCAAAUUCCUCAUGUUCCUCUACAAGCUGUCUGUGUCGGGCCCCCACCCUCUGCCCAUAGAAAAGCACAUUUCUCACUUUAUGAACAACGUAUCCUUCCCUUCGCCACAGAGACCACGGAUUCUAGUUCAGCUGUCUGCCCACGACACGCUCAUCCUCUCUCAGCCCGUGUCCACUCCUCUCCCACUCAGCGGGGCGGACUACAGUACUCUGCUGAUGAAUCUCGGGGCUGAGAAUUGUGCCACACUGUUGCACUUUAUUUUACUGGAGAAUAAGAUCCUGCUUCACUCCCUGCGGCCCGACGUGCUCACCGGGAUUGCGGAGGCUGUGGUGGCUAUUCUUUUCCCGUUCCAAUGGCAGUGCCCCUACAUCCCUCUCUGUCCUCUCUCGCUCGCCGGGGUCCUGAACGCUCCGUUGCCUUUCAUCGUGGGCGUCGAUUCUCGCUACUUCGACCUUUACGAUCCGCCUCCUGACGUCGUGUGCGUGGACCUGGACACCAACACCAUCUACUUGUCUGAUGAGAAGCGGCACAGCAACUGGAAAAACCUCCCCAAGAAGCCGGGCAAGACCCUGGUCAACUCACUGAGCAACUUGCACCACCAGCUGGCCACAGUGUCCAUGCGGCAGACCGCUCAGGAGGACUCCGCGGUGGACAUGACGCCCAUCGAGGCAGACUUCACAUGGUACAAGAAGAAGACCGCUCUGGAGAUGGAGAUCCAGGAGACCUUUCUGCGAUUCAUGGCCACCAUUUUGAAAGGCUAUCGUUCCUACCUCAAGCCCAUCACCACCGCGCCGUCCGAAAAGGCCACGGCCGCAGACUCUCUCUACGACUUGCAAGGUUUCUUAAAAAGUCGGGACCGCGCCCACCAGAAGUUCUACUCCCAGCUCACCAAGACCCAGAUCUUCAUCCGCUUCGUCGAAGAGUGCACCUUCGUCAGCGACAAGGACACGGGACUGGCCUUCUUUGAUGACUGUGUAGAAAAGCUUUUUCCUUCUGAUAAAAUCACCGACAAAGGCACUAAGGUGGAAGCGGAGUCCUCUGAAGACACCAAGUUGCUGGAGUUGGACGAGUCUCAGAAAAGUGAGCACACGGUGUUUGUGAUGCCUCCAGAACCUCCAGUAGAAGACGGAUCUGAACCAGCUCAAAGAUACACGUACAAAGGGUUUCCCAGGUUAAAUAUGGGCCUUUUUGACUGUCCCAGAGACCUGCGGCCGGCACUCAGCACUAGAGCGGCAGGGGCCAGUCUGUCCAGCAGCCCCGCUCUCCUGGCCAAGAGGACCAAACAGGAGAUUAAACUGGCCUAUAAAAUGGCAAAGCGCUUCCACUCAAACCCUCCUCUGUGGGCGCGCUGCCUGUUCAGCCACUGCUACAGCCUCUGGUUCAUCUGUCUCCCGGCUGCCGUCCGUCUGGCCAAGUCCAAGAGCCGAGCCAUGCACCAGGCCUACUCUGUCCUCCUGAAGAUGAGGACCACCGAGGUCGAGAUGCUGGACGAGGUGUGUUACAGAGUGGUGAUGCAGCUGUGUGGGGUGUGGGGCCUCCCUGUGAUGGCGGUGCGUGUUCUGGUGGAAAUGAAGAAGGCCGGAGUUCACCCCAAUGCCAUCACUUACGGAUACUACAACAAGGCUGUUUUGGAAAGCCCAUGGCCGAGCAGAAACCGCAGCGGUCAGUUUAUGUGGACAAAACUCCGGAACGUGCUCAGAGGAGUCGCUCAGUUCAAACACUCUGUCGACCAAACCUCAUCCAAAGGAGAGACGAGUCUCAGCACAGCAGCUGUACGUAACUCCACAGGGAACGAGGCGGACCGCUUGAGCCACGACAGCGCCGACAGCUCCAACGACGUCAACGGAGUGGACAAUGUUUUUGCACAUCGUUUCGAAAACGCAACUGACAGCCACUGUAACACAGGUCAACACUCUGAUCAAGGUUACGGCUCCAAAGACGAGUUACAUCAAGAGGCCUUAAACGCUGCUGCUGCCGAAGAAAGAAGCCAAGACGGUUCUCAACGCACUGGAGACAUAGCCGGCUCCAUAGACAGCGCAGUAGUCAACGAUCCUCCCAAAGAUGUGAACUCACCAGCAGCGAGUAUUGUCCGACUGUCGACCGGGAGCUACGACGGCGGAAGAGAAACCGGAAAACUGUUCAGGCGGCACAGUAAGUCCGACAACAUCUCUCUCCCUGAAGACAAUUCCACUGAAGCACAAACACAGAAGCAGAGGCAGAAGUCCUUCUCGGAGCGCAGCUGCAGCUUCAGUGCCGAGACCAGAGCCGGAAUGCUUUUGGAGCAAGGCGUGGACCACAUGGCCAGUCAGAUGGGCGCAGACGCUCGCAUCCUCGCCGCCGCGCUCUCCACCGGGCAAAGUCCACCCCCUCAAACCGUCUCAAAAGCGCUUUUCAACGACUUAGAGGAGGAGCCAGAAGAUGAGCUUGUGAAACUGGCAGAGGACGCAGAAGAAAAUGAGAGCAAAGUCGGAGAGAAGACGGAAGAAGAAGACGAUGAGGACGACGAUUUGGGGGGCCGCGUGGCGACUUUGGAAAGAGCAGAUGUCGAAGUGGGAGCGGAUCCUCUCUCUCGAUUAAUGUCCGAAAGCGAGGAAUGCUCUUCGGUGACGAGCCAGGAACUGUCCCGCUCCGUGCCUGUGGUCGUGUGUCGAAAUCUCGCCGAGGAGAUCGAGAUGUACAUGAGCCUGCAGAGCCCGCUGGGUGUCAAAUCUUCCAGCAUGGACUUACAGCCACCGAGAGACACCGCAGACUCUCCGCAAAACAAACAGACUUUAGAGAGGAGGUCCAGUCUCCCGGUUCCACAAGUCAAAACUCCAGUAGGGUCUCCGAGCGACACUCCAAAGAGGAGCCCCAACACGGUGACCAGAUCCAAGACUUUCGCUGUUAAGUCCAAAACCCCGUCGAGUGUUGCGGGAAGUCCGGCAACUCGCUCUGCCUCUCUCACGGCUCUGGUCAAGUCCUCGCAGGGAGGCUCGCUGGGCUCCGUCAUAAACACCUUCUCAGGCAUAAAGAUGGAUACAAUUUUGUCCGGCCCCAAAAUGGAUGUUUUAAAAUCGAGCAUGAAGCAGGCGGCGACCGUUGCGAGCAAAGUGUGGGGAGCUGUAGCAUCUGCAUACUCGUACUCAGACGAUGAGGAUGAACAGGGUCCCUCAGGGGGUUUUCCAGCUCAUCUGGAUGAAAACCUGCUUUUGCCUCAUGAUGUGGACGAGAGCCCUGAGCGAGGGCCCAUCCAUGGACUGGUCUCCAACGGCUUGACCCAGAGCUGCACCAGCCUCGGCAGCAGCAGCGGCAGCAGCGACACGGGCCGCGGGACACAGCAAAUGCAUCCAACUCCGGGUCGAGGUCGCGGACUGGACUCUGAACAGGGCUCCCAUCAUGCAUCCUGCUCCAGCAUUUUCCAGAACAUCGCUCUGGAGGUUCUCAUGUCCAGCUGCUCCCAGUGCCGCAGCUGCGAGGCGCUGGUGUACGACGAGGAGAUCAUGGCCGGAUGGACCUCGGACGACUCUAACCUGAACACCAACUGCCCCUUCUGCCGGACCGCCUUCCUGCCCCUCCUGCACAUAGAGUUUCAUGAUCUGCGCUCGUCCAGUUUUUACAUGAAUCCCAGUGCGUCUGCGGAGAGUGUCCAAAGCUCCAGCACUCAGCCCACAGUGGACAUCAAGCCCCCGGAACUCAUGUCAUUCCCAGAGGACGAAACCGAAGAGAAAAGUGCUGAGCAGCCGGAGACUCAAAAGAGCUUGGUCCCGGAGCCAGUGCAGACGGAUCCUCUCGGUCUUCUGGAAAACAAGACUUUGGUGAACGAGCUCAAGUGCAGUGGGACGUCAUUGACCCGCAGUAACAGUGUGGGGGGCCCGCUACAGAGCCUGGCCCCCCUUCAGCGCCCAGGACACGGGGUCUCCACCACCAGCCUGCCCUCCAGCCUGCAGGAGGUGUCGGAUGGCAUGGGAGCUCAACGGCCCAAUCCAAAGCCAGUGUCGGUUCCAUACUUAAGUCCUUUAGUUCUGCGCAAAGAGCUAGAGACACUGUUGGAGAAUGAGGGAGAUCAGGUUAUCUACACACACAAAUUCCUGAGUCAACACCCAAUCAUCUUCUGGAAUCUGGUUUGGUAUUUCCGACGGCUGGAUUUGCCCACUCACUUGCCGGGCCUCAUUUUAACCUCAGAACACUGCAACAACGGAGUACAGCUGCCCCUGACCUCACUAUCCCAGGACAGCAAGCAGGUGUUUGUGCAGCUGCUUUGGGACAACGUCAAUUUGCACCAAGAACAAGGAGAUCCCCUGUAUCUUCUGUGGAGGACAUUCUUGGAGAAGAAGGGAACUCUGGCUCCAACAGAUCACCAAGAGAUCCGAACGCUCCUCAACACGAUCGUCCGGAACAUCCAGACCAACGACAUGUACGGCCCCAUCAAUCUGCUGCUGCGGGAAAUCAAGAGGCGUCCGGAGGGAGUGAAGCGCCAAAGGAGUAUCUACAGGGAGAUACUAUUUCUGUCACUUGUCGCUUUGGGGAGAGAGAACAUCGAUGUUGAGGCGUUUGACCGGGAGUACCGCACUGCGUAUGACGAGCUCAGCCCUGAGCAGCUGAAGGCCCUGCACCGGAUCGACAGACCGCCCAGCCCCAGCGUCCAGUGGUGUCUCAAAUGCUUUGCUGCUCCCUUCAUCUAA